UAAUAUUUUAUAUAUCUAUCCCACAUUCUGGAUUCUUCUACCUCCCCGCCCCGAACCCUCCAGAGCGGCCCCUCCCACCCAGUUGCUUCUUUUAAGCUCUCCCUUCCAUUAUUAUCCUCACAUCUCUCUCAAUCCCUAAUACACCCUCGUCUUGAUUUUUUCAUCAAUGGCCAAGUACGGCGAAGGCGACAAGCGCUGGAUCGUGGAGGAAAGACCUGACGGUGCUAACGUCCACAACUGGCACUGGGCUGAAACCGAUUGCCUCCCCUGGUCAAAAAUGUUCUUCACCAAAUCGCUUUCGGAUCUCACCAUCCUUGACGGCCAAGGCAAUCUCCGCAUCAAGACCAAGAAGGUCGAAAAGGUCGACGGCGAAGCCUAUGUUAAUAUUCGCAAGGGUAAAGUCAUUCCCGGAUAUGAAAUCAGUUUGAGUGUAUCCUGGGAAGGCGAAGCCAAAGAUGGGGAAGGGAAGACGCUGUUGAAAGCUGAAGGUAACCUCGAGAUUCCGUACAUUUCGGAUGAAAAUGCUGACGAGGAUCCGGAAGUUAAGGUGACGGUUAAAGACGAAGGACCCAUUGGUAAAGCCUUGAAGGAAGCGAUGCUGGCCAAAGGGAAGCCUUUGGUUUUGGAGAAAGUGAGGGAUUUUGUUCAAGCUAUGGCGAAAGGUGGCCCCGUUAAAGAUGAAUUGGAAGCCAAGAAAUCGGCUCCCAAAACUAAUACUACUACUAGUAAUAGUAACUCAGCUGCAGUUUCUAAGGAGAAAGUUGGGGUGGAGAAGGAACCCAAAAAGGAAGUGGAGAAGGAAGGGAAGAAAGGGUUUAAGACGAUUACAAUGUUGGAGAAGUUUAAUUGUAGAGCUAAGGAUAUGUAUGAGAUUUUGAUGGAUGAGAAUAGAUGGAAAGGGUUUACUCAGAGUAAUGCUAGGAUAAGUAAAGAAGUCGGUGGUCAAUUUAGUAUUUUCGAUGGAUCGGUUACUGGCAUUAACUUGGAGUUGCAAGAAGGGAAGUUGAUUGCUCAGAGAUGGAGAUUUGGGAGUUGGCCCGACGGGAUUGAUUCUACUGUAAGACUUGUUUUCAAUGAGCCUGAGCCUGGGGUUACUAUAAUCAAACUCACGCAUUUAGAUGUUCCCGAGGAGGACAGAUAUGGGAAUGCGACUGUGGUGGAGAACACUGAGAGGGGUUGGAGAGACCUUAUUUUCAAUAAGAUACGAGCAGUAUUUGGUUUUGGAAUAUGAUUUAUUUUAUUCCGAAACGAGGAAUAGUCUUUCUUUUUUGGUUUUGAAUUGUUGGAACUUUAUGAACACUUCUUUCUUUCAGCUAUCUUAUUGUGAAAAAUUUAUAAGACUUUGCAAGACUGAUCUUGGUCUACUGGUUCAUGGUUUUAAAGUUGAAA